CGGUGUUGCUGCUAGGCGAUCAUUGAAAGUGGCUAAUGCUGUCUGCAUGCAACCUGACUGCGCCAGCGGAAACCUCGUGAGAAAAACGGAUUUAAAAGGUUUCAGGAACAAUCGCACGCAAGGUAUGACGUCACUGCCGAUGAGCAUGUUGCUGCUGAUGAUGACACUGGCGGCGUAUGCGUACGGACGGUCCGCCGGACAAACGGCGGACAUCGUGACUUCCUCUGGCCGACUGCGAGGUCGCGUCGAGGAGUUUGGUCGGACGAAGGUGCGCAUCUUCCACGGAAUACCGUUUGCGCAACCACCAGUCGGCAAUCUACGCUUCAAGAAGCCAGUCGCCGUUGAAGCCGUGGCCAGGGUGCUGGAAGCAACCACCAUGCCGCUGUUAGUGGACGCGCGUCUGUCCACCAUGGUGUGGAUCCACGGCGGCGCCUUCAUGUUAGGUGGAAUCGCGUCGAUUAUGUACAACCCACGCAACCUUGUCCUGUACACGAAUGUCAUCGUCGUGUCGAUUCAAUACCGCCUCGGACCACUCGGCUUUCUUUACCUCGGCAGCGACGAUGCACCUGGUAGCAUGGGCAUGCUCGACCAGGUUCUUGCCCUUGAGUGGGUGAAGCAGAACAUUGCUUUGUUCGGCGGAGACCCGGACAGCAUCACACUGAUUGGUGAGAGCUCGGGCAGCAUGAGCGCUUCCUUCCACCUUGUGUCGCCCCUCAGCCGCGACCUGUUCAACAGAGCAAUCAUGAUGAGCGGCAGUGCCAUGAUGCCCGGCGGGUAUCACGAGCCCGAUGACCAGAAGUCGCGCUCCGUGAACCUGGCGAAGGUCGUCGGAUGCGACCAUGACGACGAAGCAGAGAUGGUCGCUUGUUUGAUGGAGGUGCCGGCCAACGAUCUCGCCACGGCUCAGCUCCACCCCGACGUGCUUGUCCUCGACCAUGCUCUGGCCUUCCUCCUGAGCUUCGAACCCACGAUCGACGGCAGCUUCUUGAAAGACGCGCCCGAGAAUCUACUGAAGAAUGGAGAAUUCAAGCGCGCGAGCGUCAUGUCCGGAACGGUUCGUGACGAGGGCUCAUGGUUCAUGAUCUUCUCACUACCUACGCUGGUCAAACUCACUGACCCCACCAACGUGAGUGUCGACCUUUACGAAUCGAGCAUUCCGAAGUUGCUGCCAACGUACAGCGAUGGCGUACACAAGGUUGUCGCCUUCACCUACACUGACUGGUCGUACGCUCCCACCUCCAGAAGCCAGUCUCUAAUUGACAUGAUUGGUGACUACCACUUCGUCUGCCCCGCCGUUAAGGAGGCAAGCCGUUAUGCAGACGAAGGAGAAAACGUGUACAUGUACAUUUUCACACAUCGGUCAACGAACAGCAAGACGCCGGAAUGGGCUGGUGUGAUGCACGGGGAGGAUAUCCCGUAUAUUUUUGGACUUCCGCCGGAUGUGUCCGGCUUCACGAUGUAUGACAAGGAGGUCAGCAAACACGUGAUGAACUACUUCAGUAACUUCGCGAAAAGCGGAAAUCCAAACAAGCCUAGCCAAGUUGACGAGCGGUGGCUGGCAUAUAAGGUUAAUGAGGGGACGGAUGGCCCUAAACGCUACUACAAGGAGCUAAGCACUAAGAAGAAUGCUUGGGGACGCGGCCCUCGCCUGCGUGAGUGUACCCUAUGGAACGACGUCGUGCCAUUUCUGCAGCAGGAAUCAGAGAGCAGUGGAUUGGGAGUCACGCCAACGGUAAUCACAAUUGUGACAGCCGCUAUGUCGACUCUAGCGUUGAUUUCGGUGUAAAUGUUAACAUUUGCGCCUAUGCCUACGUCGCACUAACAAUACAUAACGAGCAAUACAUCACUAAUUACGCGAAUGGGAUUCAACGCAGUUUUCACAUGGUAAUUUCUCAUUGGUGGAGUCGUCCUAAAGAGUUUUAUUGAGAUUGGCAUUGACAUACGGUGAGUUGUAUGUACUACAGCAGCAUGAGUGGCAGUAACGUGUGGCGCUCUUCCUAUGGUUUCUCACACCGAAUUUCCUCCGAAAUCAAAUCACUGCUUUACUCUACUUUAAUCAUAGGCGAUGUGUGAUAAUUAAGCCACAAUUCAGUUAGCGGCUAAUGUUUUAAACUACGUGCUAUAUGAGUCGGCAUUAGAAUACUUAUAUCUUAUCGAAUUCUGACUUAAUUUUUAAUCGAUUGAAAAAAGUACAUACAAAAAAACAAAAAAUUUGCUGUUGCC